GAAUCGUCAGUCACCUCCAAGACACCGUGGGUAGAGUACGUCUCUCUUGCUGGUCUCCUCCCUCUCUCUCUCUCUCUUUCUCUCGCUCUCUUUCCCCCUCGCUCUUGAGAAACUGUUGGAAGUGUUUUAAAAAUUCACUGAAUGUUUCUAUCGACUUUACCUGUAUGGAAGUGAUUAAUUAAAGUUACACACAAUGAUAAAUAUAUUCGGCUUCAUGUUUGUUGGUAAACUUGCGGCGUGUUUUAACUUAGAGGAACGGACUGUCGAUGUCGAUUGUGUAUUAUGAUAGACUGUAUUUACGUGGUGUUAACUUUUAAUUUAGGAAAUAAUUGUAGAUAUUAUGUUACAUUAGUAAAUAAUAGCAGACAGUUACAUUAGCAAUAUAAUAAAUUAGUAAAAACUGGGAAACGCUCAUCUUCGUAAAUUCUCUGACACUUGCAUAUGUAAAUACCGACAGACUGUGUUACCAUUGUAAACAAAGAUUUACGGCAAAUUAAAUUAUACAUUAUUAAGAGCAACAGUGUGAAAAUCCCAGCAAUACUGCUAUCAUUAAUCCAAGGCCCCGGCUCGACAUAUAUAGCAACAAAAAAUACAGCUUUUGUAUUAUUUAGUGAACACUUGCCCACGUUAUCUCUGUAAAUCAGAGUAUGGAGAAACAACUGCGAGUGGCCGUAAUGGACAGGACUUUCACUCACUUAGUGUUGAGAUGCAACGAGCGGUGACUUGACCUUGUUGUCUGCCCGCUGACACACACACACACAGUGUGGGGUGACCUUGCUGGCUGACCCACACACGACCUUGCAGGCCACACCCACUAGCAAAAUUGCUCCAAAUCAGCUGUUCCUUGUGUGGUGCUCCACUUCGAUUGUACAGCAUCAGGUGUGCGUGCUAUACAGAGGAAAUUCGUCCCGAAUGUUGCUGCUAGAAUGGAAUAUUCACUCGCCUCGUCUCAUCCUAUGCCGCCUGGGUAAGAUCCUCAGCUUCACUUCAGUGUCUCCGGCAGGAACAACUGCAGCAUCUAUACGAGCAGUCACUUUAGAGCCAAGACCAGAGCCAAUAUCUCUAGUUAUAACUGUGCCGCUGUGGUAGAGAUGCGAGAGAUAACGAUGAACCGGGGAAUGCGUCAGAGGCCUCGUUGGGGCUUUUGAGAAUCAUGAUAACUUGUUGGUGGUACGAGUGACUAUUUUGCCGGAACUUAUGUUGAAAUUCUCUUCUUUCACUGGAAAAUACUGAAAUCAGAGUCUCAGGUCACUAUGUUCCACAUCCCAGUUGGGUGUUGAUAUACUUGUGUCGUGGAAAAAAAUAUGCAGCAGCUCUGAACAAUAGAGAAUCGAUAGGAUAAACAGAACAGAUAACAAACGUUUAACGAUGCAUAAAACGGAGAGAACCGAUAAUCCAAUGUGGUACACGGAAGCAAAGAUGACACGAGGAACUAGCAAAGGAAGAGUGCGCAAGCGGUCAGUCACAGCCGUCUUUCGCAGCGCAGCACUGUUGAUCGUCUUACUCUGUUUGGCUGCCACAACACUCGCCUGCCAGUCAGCUCCUAAUGGCGUGAUCCUUGGCCCUCCGGAACCUCUUCUGCAUUUGUACCUUCCCCCUGUUACUUCCUUCAUCCCACGUGUGUAUCCCCCUGUCACGAUACGGACAAACAGCUGUUCCCUAGGCUCAGGUCCCAGAGUACGGUGGCGGACGGAUGGACGAUGCGGGCCCAACUUUCCUUUAGCUAGCCGGAUACCCUCAGAGUGCGACCCAAACAGUGACCGGCCUUGCUGCAGCGACUAUGGCUACUGUGGCAACUCCCCGUCCCACUGCGGCUGUCCUGACUGCAUAGACUUCAGGAAUGUUAUUCGCGAGCCUGGCUGCUCCUUCUCCCUGGAAGGAGAGACUGGAUAUAUGGAGUCCCCCAACUACCCCAAUCAGUACCCAACGGGUAGAGAUUGUUGCUACGAUAUUACCAGACCUUCACGUAACUAUUGCGGAGUCCAGCUCACGGUUGAGAACCUAGACGUGGGUCAUGGAGAAGAGGAAGGCUUCUGCAGAAGGGACUGGGUGACUCUUCCUUCCUGUGUACCCGAGCGAGGUACUAGAAUAUGCGGCAACACCACCGGUCAAAACUACCAGUACCUGUUCCAGCCUGGAGCCUCGGCUAUACGAUUUGUAUUCCACGCAGGAGAAGCGUCGGAAGGACGGAAAGGCUUCAGAAUCAGGUACCAGCUGCUGACCAAAUGUCUGGGGCCCUACCAGACGCAACUCAUCCCAGUAACCACUAUCCCGGGCACCACUUCAGCCCCGUGCUAUACCAGGAUCACGGACACUCGAGGCACCGUCAACACGCCCUACCACCCUAAGAAGUACCCAGACAACCUUGACUGUGUUUACGAAUUCAUCAGUCGAAGUCAGGAUGUGUGCGGGGUGAGGAUGCAGUCUGUUACCUUCGAAAUGGAACCAGCUCUCAUGACAAUUUUCGGCGGCGCCUGCACCGAUUUCCUCCACCUGCCUUCCUGCGGCUUCGUCUGCGGCAAGGUCAACUUUUCAUGGGUCGUGGCUUACCAGCCCAGUGCCACCAGCCUUAAGUUCCAUUUCCACUCAGACGAGGCCACAGGUCACACAGGUUUCCUAAUCAACUUCGAGCAAGUGACGCAGUGUUAAUGUUGCUUGACCUCAUUUUAUGCUUUUCUCAAACGAGACCACAAGUCUCACCUGCUUCAUCAUCAACGAGUGACCCAGAUUUGUUUUGGUCUGACCUUGAAUAGUUUUAAGAGUCAUAAGACUCUUAAAAUUCUUCGGUAAGGUGAAGAAUAGCACACUUAAGGAACUACGUCCUGUGGCUUCCUUAGCUGUGAAGCUUAAGGGAAAUCGGCCACUCCAGAAAAAAGAUCGCACUCUAAUUCAUCUGAGCUAAUUCAGGUGGUUAAUAAGGAAAUAAUUGACUUCUAGGGGUCCCAUGAUUUUCCCUGCAAUCGUUAUAGCUAUGCACAAGAGCCUGCUAGCAUGAGGAACACGAAGUGAGGCAAGAUAAUCGAAGCUCUCAGUUUGUGAAGCAACAUGACUGAUUCGCCAUGAAAUAGUUGACAAGUGGAGAACAUCAGUUUUAAGAUAAAUAAAUAUGACUUUUAAUAGAAUUUUUGCAUAGUUAUUUAAUUAUGCGUGACAACUUUGCAAGACUGAAGAGUGUGUGCAUUUCAAUUAUUAUUAUUUUAUUUAUAUA